AUGCCCGCUUCCAAAUACGACAAGCUCCGCGACUCCAGGGUCCUUCUUCUGGGAGGAACAUCAGGCAUCGGCUUUGCAACAGCCGAAGCCUCCAUUGAAGCUGGCGCCAUAGUCAUCAUCUCCAGCUCAACCUCCAAUCGUCUCUCCUCGGCUCUAUCCAGGCUCAAGACGUCUUAUCCGGAAGCAGCUACAGCGAACAGGAUCCACGGCUACAUCUGCGACCUGUCCCAGGCUGAGACCCUCGAGGCAAAUGUCAAAACCCUUCUGGAGUCCGCCACGGACAGCAACACCCACAAACUCGACCACAUCACCUACACAGCGGCCAAUGUCCCGAGACUCCCUGGUCUGGCCGACUACCAAGCCUCCGAGACAAAGCCGUCCACUAUCAUCCUCCGCUACGAUGCUCCCAUUAUCAUAGGAAAACUAGCACCGGCAUAUAUGAAUCCCGGUCCGCGCUCCAGCAUCACCUUCACCGGCGCAUCGACCGCGAGUAAGCCGACUCCUGGUCGAGGUAUACUGACGGCCUUGGGGGCUUCGACGGAGGGCGUGGCGAAGGGUCUCGCGGUCGACCUCGCGCCGAUUAGAGUCAACGCUGUUGCGCCAGGAACAGUAGAUACAGAAUUACUCAGGGCCCUCGCUGGCCCGGAUCCGAAGGCUCUGGCUGGAUUUAAGGAGAUGUUGAAGAAGGUGACGCUGCUGGAUAAAGUCGGCCUACCGGAGGAAGUCGCCGAGGCUUAUGUGUAUCUGAUGAAGGAUGCUAAUGUUACUGGUGCGGUUAUCCAUACAGAUGGUGGGAGGUUGUUGAAGUAG